AUGUCAAAGGAAAAUGAUUUUCUCCAUCAAGAAGGCGAAAAAGUCUUUUGUUUUCACGGGAAAUUUAUUUACGAGGCGAAGAUAGUAGAUACCAAGUAUUAUGUUGAGCCAAAUAGGAACCCAAAAACAGGCUUGACAGGUCCACAUUAUCAUAUACAUUAUGCGGGAUGGAAAUCUUCAUGGGAUGAAUGGGUAGAUGAAUCAAGAGUAUUAAAAUAUGAUGAAACAAAUAUUGAGAAACAUAAGCAAAUUAUAAAGUCUCUUGAGAAGAAAAGUCCAGCAAUCAAAAGGACCGUCAAUGAUCCAUGUUCAGAAAACGGUAGGAAGAGAAGAAAAGAACAACCAAACGAAAGAGAGGUAAUUGUAAAAAAAUCCAAACCAAAGGAGAUCUUUUCUGUUCCCGAACCUCUUAAAGCUAUUUUGUACCGUGAUUGGAAAAACAUUCAUAUUGAUGGAACGUUAGUGCCUUUACCGAGGAAACCAACUGUUAAAGAUAUUAUAGAGGAUUAUCGUUCAAAUCGAACGGAUUAUAAUCGUAUUGAGGAGAACUCUGAUGAUGGAAUCGGACAAGAAAUUAUCAGCGGUUUGCAUUUUUAUUUUAAUAAAUGCUUAGGUGUACGUUUGCUUUAUAAGGGGGAAAGAAAACAAUAUAGAGUCACAAGACUAAAAUUCGAGUAUUUGGAUAACUCUCAGAUUUUUGGUGCUGAGCAUUUACUUCGAUUAUUCGAUUCAUCUCUUAGCCAAGAGACUUUGAAUGCUUUGAAAUUGCAUUUAUCAGAUUUCUUAAAGUAA